ACUGCGCCUGCGUCCCGAGGACCAACGCGAGCAGGGGAUGGGGGAAAUCGAAGAUGGCGGCGCCCAAGGAGGUAUCAGAUUCAGACUCUGACAGCGUGGAGGAGCUGUCCCGCCUCAAAGAGGCUACUUGGAAUGUCGGCAACUCCAGUUCUCACAAAAUAAUAGCUGAGACCGGUGAAGACAAGCAUAUUUCAGUUUCAAAUAGACCAAGUCUGAGGCAGAAAGUAGAUGAUCACCAGCACGAUGGAAAUGAGCUGCGGACAACGCCUGAAUUUCGGUGUCAUGUUGCAAAAAAGCUGGGUGCUUUGCUAGAUAGUAUCAUCACUGUCGACAGCUCUGUGCAGUCUUCACAGCAACGAAUAGAGGAUGGUGAUGAAGAAGGCUUUCGUUUAUUCUCCACAUCUGUUCCAGGGGAUUGUGGGAAAGUAGAAUCCUCGCCUCCAGUUAAACGGAGACUUACGUCUAGUUCAAG